CGGAAACCAAUUAGAGAAAGCAAAUGGAGAUGGACUUAACACCCCAGAAGGCGGUACCCAUGUUUGAAGGAGAUGGUGGAUCUUACUACUUAUGGCCACCUUCUCAGGUACCUGCUCUGGCUAGCAACAGCGUUGGUGCUAGUCGAUUUGUUCUUCAACCUCAAGGCUUUGCUCUCCCUCACUAUGCAGAUUCUUCCAAAAUUGGCUAUGUCCUCCGAGGAACUGAUGGCGUAGCUGGGAUGGUGCUCCCAAACGCUGAUAAAGAGGUCGUUUUGGGGCUGAAGAAAGGAGAUGUAAUCCCAGUACCUUUGGGAGCACUCUCAUGGUGGUUCAACAAUGGAGAUUCUGAACUGAUCAUAGAGUUUCUGGGUGAAACAUCUCAGGCUUAUGUUCCUGGGCAGUUCACUUACUUCUUUCUUAGUGGAACUCAAGGAAUUAUGGGCGGCUUUUCCUCUGAGGUCAUAACCAAAGCUUACAAUUUGAACAACAAAGAAGCAAACAAACUCACAAAGAGCCAACAAGGAGCUUUGAUCAUUAAGCUUCAGAAAGGCCAACACAAAAUGCCAGAACCCCAGAUGGACAAGACCAAACAGAUGGUAUACAACAUUGAUUCUGCAGAACCAGACCAUGGGAUCAAAAAUAAUGGAGGGUUGGUCAAAACUUUGACUGACUUAGAUUUCCCUUUUGUUGGAGAUGUUGGGCUGAGUGUGAUCAGAGUGAAGCUUGAACCUAAUGCUGUUAAGGCACCACAAUAUCUAACCAACCCUGCAGUUCAAUUGAUUUAUGUUGCUAGAGGAAGCGGGAAGAUUGAGAUUGUGGGGUUGAAAGGCAAGCUUGUGUUGGAAUAUAAAGUUGAAGCUGGUCAUUUAACUGUUGUGCCUAAGUUGUUUGUGGCUGCACAGAUUGCUGGCGAAGAUGGAAUGGAGUUCUACUCUAUCGUCACAACAAAAAAGCCUGUGUUUGAAGAGUUAGCAGGGAAGCCGUCAAUAUGGGAGGCCAUGUCUCCUCAAGUGCUAGAAGUGGCUCUCAAUGUGGAUUCUGAUUUUGUGAAACCCUUCUUGUCCAAUAACUAGGAUUGAAGCCACAAAUCUCAAUAAUUAAUUGAAUUGUGUCUUUUAAUUUUCAAAGAAGACAAGGGCGUGAUUUGUGUGAUUCCAGUAAGAGUCAGAAUAAAAUUUACUCAAAAUAUUUGAGCAAGUUUUAGAAGUGAAUGGAGUUUUCAUUUGCAUAUUAUAUAUAUUUCAGCAAAACUCAAUAAAUGUUUAUGCUUGUUUCCAAAUAAAGAUAAGUACUAUAUGUACAUGCGAUGGUUUCAGUUGAAUAUAUAAUAUCUAGUUUAUUUUAUUUG